UUCAUAUCGAGACAAGUCGUUCUCGUCUUAGUAGGAGUACGGGCUCGAUCAAACGACAUUGGCCAACUUGAGAUUCACACACAGACUCAUUUGGCCCCUGGGGUGCCAGUCCAAUCACGGCCCUUACUCCGGAUCGCAGUGGUCUGGCUUCACGUUUGGUUGAAUGAUUGAUCGUACAAGUGUGUCUGUUUAGGUGGAGGAUUUCCAUGGUUCCGUGCGCACCUCAGUUCGCCGCCCCUUCGCUGACUAGCCGCUGACUAGCCGCUGACUAGCCACUCCACGUCCAGCCUUCUCAGGAGUGCUUUGGAUCGACCGUGAGCCGGCCGCGUGCUGCCAAAGCAAUUGCACUCCCUUUUGAGUCUCGACCUGAGACCGCCAACGUGUUCGUCCUCGUUCCCCGGACCCCCCGCUACCGAUCCGUUAUGGAUCACUCAUUAUCCCGCAGUGCAUCGUCGGGCGUUUUGACGGCCGGUCAUCGGCGACCUUCUGCCGAAUCCCUGAGCGAACGUAACUCGCCUUUCAAAGAUACGGGGCAGCCGGGCGCUCAUUCUCACAAGGUCUUGUCAUUGACCGCCAUGAAUGCGGCCAAACAGGAAGCCGCCACCAAUGGCAAUCACAGUCCAGUCACGGGCAAGCCGGAGUCGAAUCCGAUUUGGAAUAGGGUCAAUGGCUUCCAGAACACACCGGCCAGUCUCGCCCUCCAAUCCAAAAACGUCCCCGGACUCUGCGAGGGUCGUAGUGCUUUGAAUAACAAACCCAUGUUCAAUGGGACCCCACUAAUGGCUGAAGUGGAGAGUGCCACCCAUCCCGUCAGCCUGGGUCAGUGCAAAAGUGACAAUAUUGAGGCCAAUGGCCGUCCCCAGAGUGGUGGCUCACCAGUAGUGUCCAGGGCUGAGACGGCACCCAUCGGCCUCAGAUUUCCGUCUGAUGCAAAGUAUACUCGCCACGACCAAUUGAUAGCCGAAACCGGCCAAUCCGUAGACACAAAUUCCAGUGGAAAGUCAGAUAUAAGCAGCCAAUCUCGAGCAAAUGAGGUGAUCAGUCCAUUUCUGCACAUUCCGUUGGAAGGUAGCAACAGCAAGAAGUGUCCCAGUGUCCCUCAAUCGCUUACUGGGCAACUUGGAGCUUCCGUCUCAGAGGCUAGCCAGACCAAUAACCCUAUUGAAUUGACAUCGAGUUGUGAAGUGUCAGGUGAUAAUGGUGUGCCGCCUUUAACAUCCCCCGAAGACUCGGAACCCAAAAGUAUGAAAGCGUGUAGUGUCAAAUUGGUGGACAUAAGUGGGGGUGUCAAGAAAGAGCCAUCUCCUCCACCUAGGGCCGUAAUCGACCAGAAAAUAGGCCUUCCAGGGCAGAAUGCACCUAGUAGAGAGUCGCUCAAGAGGGAAUCUCCUACCAACUUCAAGCGGUCGACUUGUGAACCUGUUGUGAAAAAAACGAAGGAUGAGCUGCUACCACCACCGCCACAACAGCAACAUAAGCAGCAGCAACAGCAACAACCGCAACCACAACAACCAUGUGGAUCACGGAACUCGUCUCCAAACUCGUCCAGAUCAGUGCCGGUUACAAAUCAAAGGGAUCCCAUUCCUACUCUCACCUCUUCUUCUUCUUCUUCUUCUUCUUCCCCUUCGCAAGCAUCUACUUUGUCAUCCCCUUCGAAGGAGAAAAAUCAGGGACUAGAUCAGAGCUACAAAUCCAAAUGGCAUCUCAAAGAAGAUAACUCUCUGCCUACCUCUACGAACAAUGGCUCCCCGUUGAAGACGUCUUCAUCUUCCAACACGAUUGAAAGCAAAGUCACAAUUUCGCCCGUACGAAAAGAGUCAAAAUGCGGCCUCAGCUCUUCGGGCCAGCCCGGGGGAUCUGUAACCAUCACCAAGCUCUCGACGGGGUCGUCUCAAAGAAUCGAAUCCAAAGAUUUGAAGAAGCAGAACCCUACAGAUAGGUCCACUGCCUCCACAACCUCAUCCACCUCAUCAUCGUCCUCACAUCUAAUAGCUUCGUCAAUCCCAAAUCGCCCGAACUUGGAGAAUGGGCAUCACACGAGUGGUGAUUUGAAUACUAGUUCCAGUCUCAACAAAGCACCCCGGAAAAGUUCUCAUUCGUACUCGGUGGAAAUGCAAAGAAAGAAAGACAAGAAAUCAGCGUCUGUCAGUGGAACUCCCCUUUCAACUGGCUCCAACUUUCCAUCAGGGGUGUCCCCCUCGGGUCAGCCAUCAAUGGCCCAAGUGAAGAAACCCCGCGAUGAGGUGUGUAACAGCUGCAAGGUGGAAUUUUCUACCCGCGAGGCCUUGCAUCUCCACACAUGCAACUCGAAAUUAGAUCAGCAUUAUUUGACCGAAAAUCAAGUGCGUGCCUCCGAGGCCCGGCGGGGAGACAAAUCUGCUAAUUCGUCACCCCGCAAUCUCUCAAGGAACAACUCUCGAUCCAAUUCACCAGUUUCACAGCACAAUAGCUCGUCGAACUCCUCAUCUAACAUCCCAUCACACCUUCAAUCUUCAUCGGUGGCAAAAGCCAAUCAACGAAUGAAUUCCGAUUCGGAAUUCAAGUUGGUGAAUAAUACCAAAGAUGAGCUCAUGAUUGAAGGGAGACCGAAAAUUACUGUAAGUAAGGUGGUUGGAUCAACUAAGACUUCCGGAGGCGAGGAUAGCGAGAGCCGAAAGCCCAUCAUACCUAAAAUCAAGUUAUCAGCAUCUGUUAACGCUAAAGGCUCCUCCAGUUCGAACUCUAGCCCUGUAGCAACUCCAACACUUAUCCCACCUCAGCCCUUGUCGUCAUUCUCUUUGUCGUCAUCAUCAGCAUCUUCUUCGCCUCCAGAAAGUCGAGCCAUCAAUUCCAUGUUGGAUUCUUCUCCUUUGUCUAGUUUGAAACGAAAAUUUGGUGACAACUCUUCAAAGUUAGACACACCCUCGUUCAAUGGCAAAAUCAAGUUGAAAAUCCCUGGAAAUAUUACGAACGCUAUGUCUUCAGCAAUCUCGGCUUCUGAUUCAUACUCUGCUUUCGGAAGUGGACCAGGUCAUUCGGCCAAGGAUGCAGGUAGCACAUUGGAUUCGUCAAAGGUCCCUCCAUCAUCGACUCGACCUUCCGAGUCCAACAUUGGGCAACAGUAUCUGAUGUCUAAGAAAAAGGAGGAGGAAGCAGCCGGAUAUGCUUUUGCAUUUGCGGGUAGACCAACGUACUCGCCGAGUCGUAUUGAACCCAGUUCCAGUCACGUUCCCGAAAAAGAAUCUCCUCGUGAUGCCUCGAACAAGGACUCCCCUGCCAGUCAAGCGGACUCUGGAGUAUUCUCGAUUGCAAGUUCAAACAGUCCGAGCAAAGGAGAGAGUGCUAAUUCAGGCACUUCCCCCGAUAGUCCAACGAGAUACUCUGAUGUGCAAUGGAAACCCCCUGGUUCCAAGACUACGGUGACAACACCAACAGAAAGCCCUAAUGGCUCAGGUCCCACUCAAUCACUAGCCUCACUGAAUGCUUCAGCCCCAUUUAACCAAAGUGCCUCAAACCAAAACAGUAUAUCUACAAAUAAUACGUUUCCUUCUUCCUCUGCCUCAAUGGGAAUGGCAGUUUCAUCCAACUCCAAUCAGCAGAUGUCUCAGGCGCAACAGCAUCAUCCUCAUCAUCAACAACAACAGCAGCAACAACAACAACAAACCCACAAUCCUUACCUCAAUAUGUACGGGGAUUUCAACUCACAACAACAGCAGCAGUCGAGAGACCCUGGGUUUAAUCGCCAAUCUCCGAUGUAUUCAGCCCAUCAAAGAAUGUUUGCUGAACAGCACAUGCAGCAAAGACAGUCACAACCUCCACCUCUACAGGCCCCGCAAUCUCUAGCAUCGCCCGGGGAUGCCCCUGGUAUUGCCUCGAAAGGCUUCUUUCCUGGUCAGGCCUUCUUCAAUUCUUCCAACGAGCCCCCGGUGAAAAGAAAACGGGGAAGACCUAGGAAGAAUCCCAUGAAGGAACCGGGAGCGCCGAAACGGACCUACAAUCGAAAGAAGAAGACUGCACCCGUCAUCGAGGGCAAUAGUGAUAGUGUGUACAACUUUGAUGAGGAGGAACAGGAUGGGCUUUUGCCGAUGCGUCCACGAAAAGCACCAUCUGCCCAUCAGCAGCAGCAGGCUAAGAAGUUCCCGUUCGGAACUGACGAAGAAAUGUCCAAGGGAUUGAAGAUGGGUGGAAUAGCUCGAGGAAAUGGGAAUGGUGCCCCGCCUGGCCCUCCGAACCACAUGAUGGGAGGGUAUGCCCACAACUCGAUGCAAAUGAGCAUGCCACAGCAACAGCAAUACAUGAUGAACCAAAACAGACACAACAUGAAUCCUCACAUGCAACGCCAACAACAACAGCAGCACAUGCAGCAACAACAGCUCCCUCAGCACCAGAAUAAUAUGUCCAAUGAGAAUUCUCAAGAUUGUAGCUACAGUAGUGAAGUGCUCAAAGAGGGUGUGGGAAUCAAGUUGAAGAUCAGAAAGGAACCCAUUAAGAAUGAAAAUUCAAACAGCAAUAGGUCAUUUUUGGAACAGCAACAACAGCAGCAAAUGCAGCAGCAACAGCAAAAUAAGCAAGAUCACCAGCUGCAACAGCAGCAGCAACAACCCCAACAGCAUCGUCAAUCCCAGCCACAACAGAUGCUAAACCGACAUGGACAACAAGCACCGUAUAAACGAAGCGACCCAGCUUCAUUCUCGGGUCAAGUUCAGCAUGGAAAUAUGAACUACGAGCAAAUGCAGCAUCAGCAACAACAACAACAACAUCAGAUGAGAAUGUCCGGUAGCCAAGCGUCGUCAAUCCCUACGGGUCCACCGAAUAGUGCCACUCCCAGUGCCAUAAGCUCGGUUCUAGGUAGUGGUAACGUACCCUCCCCUGCUAUGACAUCUCCAGCCCACCCCCCAAGUUCAAGAAUGCAUAACCCGGGGAGCGUCGAGUCCAACCAUACCAUGUCUCCUAAUCCAAUGAAUCAUCAGAGUCCUUACCAUCACAUGAACAGUCCAUCUAAUCCUCACCCAGGUAAUCAUCAACAGAUCUCGUCUCAAAUGCAUAGCCCUAGUCAAAAUUCUGGGAAUUUUGGACAAGUCGGGGUGAGCCCGCACUCUCAGCAGCACGGGGCUUCUGGUGGCAUGUCCAACUUUAGCCAAGGUCAGAUGUCGCAUCCAAUGCAGUCCCCAUAUAAUGGCAUGAAUGGAACUUUCCCCAAUGGAGCACCCAUGACCUCGCGAUAUCGGAUGCCGGGAGCCGUGCCCAACAAUUACCAAGAAAUGAACUCCGAAACUAGUAAUGCGUCUGGAUUUUAUGGUCAACAAGGCAACAACUUUGGAAACAUGUCAAUGAACACCAUGGGCUCAAACGGAAUGAGUGGAUAUGGUGCCAUGAACCAUCAGCGUUUUGGUAUGAGCAACAGCCAAUUUCACGGUCCCCAUAACUAUCCCCAACAAAUGAGACAAAUGGGCAACAGUUACGGAAACGAACAGUUUGGAAACAUUUACGCCAAUCAAGGUCAAUUCCCAGGAAUGGGAUUCAACAAUCCCAGAAUGGGAAUGGGUCACCAUCAAGGACAAGGAGGCAUGAUCGGCCAUGGCGGGAAUAUGGGCCACAACAUGCAACAUCACCAAUUCAGGCCCAACAUGGGCAUGGGCCCAGGUCCUAUGAAUUCCAUGGGUAAUGUUGGCUCCCCUAGAAUCAGUCCCAAUCAUCCGAAUAUGCCAAUGCCUGGUGUGGGCAUGCCCCGAGUCAGCCCAUCUAUGGCCAGCCGUCAGCCCACGCCAUUGGUUUCGCCGCAGUCAGAUAAUUCCCCGGCCUCACAUCAGAACCCAUUAACUCCCGGGUCAUACCAUCAACCCCACACGCCCUCUGGACCUACCCACUAUGGAGGACCAAUUACACCAGCAAGCAAUCAUAACCCCAUGACUCCUGCCAAUUCAAAUGCUCCUCCCACUCAUCACCACCAUCACCACCACCAUCCUCCUGGCAGCGUCAGUCCGAUGACUCCAAACAACCCACGAACCCCUCAAAACUUUGGAGGACCACCCUCUCAAACGCCUUCAUCCAUGGUGGCACCAUCACCCAAGCAAGAGCCUCUGGUUUCUCCUGCCCCAGCGUACGAUGACUUGGCCUCGCCGAGUUCGUCUGGAGCAAGCAAUUUGAGGAAGAUUCGACGCCCAAGUAAGCCCAAUCAGCCAGACCCGCCAUCCAUCAGUCCGCGAGCUGAAAUCAAAGCUGAGCCCCUGCCAGUCAAGGUCGAACCAUCUCCACCUAAGGUCGAACCCCAACCACCUCGGGUGGAGGAAACCAAGACGAAGAGUGAGCCAGCCGCUCAAGCACCUAAACCUAAACCAAAGCAAUUGGGACCCAAACCUCAACACAAAUACUUAGAUAUUCCGGCUCCAAUAUACGAGGAAAAGAAAAUUGUGGUCAAGGUUAAAAAGGAAAUCGAGAAAUCUGACUUUGUGGCUCGUUGGAGCGAACUCCCGCCAAAGGCUCUCCGUCUCUUAUUUCGAUGUGGAGUGGCCAAUGAAGGAGCCAUACCAUUCUUGGUGCGAGUGUCGAGAGUCUGCAAGAGCUGGAACAAAGAGGCUAUGGAUCCCACCAUAUGGACGCAUUUGGAUCUGUCUUCCGGCAAGAUGAAGGAGAAGUACCGAAACGACAAGAAGCUAGAGACAUUCCUGAAGAAGUAUCCCAACGUGCUGGAGUUGAAAUUGACCGGUUGGAAGAAUUCGGUGGGAACGUCGACGCUAAAAAUGAUCUCGAUGGUGUGUCCAAAAUUGAUCUCACUUGGACUUGCCAGCUGCUUUAAGUUGAGCAAUGAGGACGUGAAACUGAUCGCCGAAUCUUAUGAAAAAUUGGAACGAAUUGAUUUGAGCAAUGUCUCGAGUUCCUCGUGUAGUUCUCGGAGUGCGGUAUCCAGUUCCUGUCUGACAGAACUGGUCACUCUAGUUGGUAAACGCUUGACCCAUUUCAACAUCUCCAACAAUAAAAUGGCAGGAUUACCAUUUGUGUUCAAAGCCCUCACGAGCCAUAGUUCUAACUUGGAAGAAAUAGACAUUUCCAAUAUCACCACGACCUCCCGAGAAGCCAUCCCGAUGAACGUUGAAAAGUUCCAAAAGAGUUGUCCCAAGCUUCGCGUUCUCAACGCCAAUCAUACAAUGCUCAAUUUGACUGAAAACCCUAUCAAAGAACAGAUCCAGUCUCCAGGGUUUCCCUUCCUCCAGGAGCUUCAUAUUGCUGUGGAUAGUCGAGGAUAUUUUGAAGGCAUGGAUGACGGUCAAAUCGAGAGGAUCCUGAAAAAAUCCGACAAGCUCAAAGCAUUGGACAUUCGUGGCUGCCAACAUGUGAGCGAUUCCUGCUUGAUCCGUUUACCCACGUGGGAAAUGGAAAAGCUUGUGCUUUCGGGUUGUUCAGCGGCUUCUGCCAGCUCGGAUGGUCUAGAACUAAUGGUCAAGAAAUGGGCUGCCACACUCCUUGAAAUGGACGUCAGUUUCACACCCGGUGAACGGACCGUCAACUUCAUGGUGGACGAGUUUGCUGAUGCCAACGAGUUUAGCAUCAGAAAACUGAACCUAAGUGGCACAGCCAUUAAAUUGAAAUCCCUGACGAAGUUGCUGAAAAAGUGUGACACCUUAGAAUACAUCAAUUUGAAUUCAUGCCGUGGUUUACCUCGAGGUAUGAAGCGUCUACAUGGGACACGUGAGGCCCUAUUGAAGCUCAAAGACGACAUAGAAGAAGGAAAAUUCAACGAGGACGACAGCGAUGAUUAGAUUUGGUUCUCGAUGAAUGGAACGUCAAGUUCCAUCAGAACAUUGUGGCCAACUAUCAACACCACCGCCACAGGCUCCAACGACAAUGAAAAAUGGACUGCAUCUAUUACCUUUUUUUCCAGCGAUCACGCUCGCACAACCCUCAACAUAGUACAAAGUGUUGAGUUUGUUCUUGUCUGCCGUUGAUAUUACUCUCAGUCUCCUUCACUUUAUUCGUGUUGGCGCUCUAUGGCUACUGUGGUUCUUCUUUGCCCUCCUCAGGCCGUCAGAGAAAAAUCAAUCCGCCUGAUUUGCGUUUAGUUCUGUACUUCUUCCCAUCUCAAUUCAAAUCUUUCCGUGCCCCCAGCAAGGACCAACAGACCAAGGGUCUGAUUUUGCAGAGAGCUCUUGUUGAUAAGCGUUUCCAAUUUCUUAGGAGAACUAUUACCACCUGUGAGAACAUUUGAAAAGCACAGAAAUGAAAGUAACUGUAUUUGAACUGGAAAAUGGUCAGAUUUCAUUCACCGAUCCCCCUCAAACGAAAAAAUAUUAUGGUAGCCUAUACAUUUCAAUAAGAAUGAAAAUGGUAACAAAGAAAACGAUGAAAUUUAUCCAGGACGACUGCGAUAAUGCCACAAAUCUACAAAUACCAAUGCGACUAAUACUAUUACUACUUCUCCUAUCACUCCUACGCUACUACUACGAUUUCAACCACUAUUAUUAUUAUUAUUCCUAAUGACAACAAUAACGAUGAUCAAUACCGUAUAUAAAUAUAUAAGAAAUAUAUAUAUUAUCUAGUCCUUCAUA